CCAGCCCAGUAUCUAAAAUGUCACUUAGGUUUUUUUCGUUUUGCUUCCUCCUUCCAUUAGCGUUCUUCUGAGCUCAGUUCCGUUUUUAUUUUCCUCCUCGGAGCUCUCAACAAUGCCGCCAUUACCGUAUCUGCAACUUCGAAGCUUAUUUCUUCGAUCUCUAUCUUCAUCUUCUACGAAUUCCUUGAACGAUUCUGCUAGGACUGUUCUUUUACAUCGAAAUUUGACGUCUCUCUUCCACCAUUUCCGACAUCAUGGGGCGGCGUUAAGGUUUUCUUCUCCCUUGUAUCUCUCACUUUCUCAUUCCUUCUCUUCCGAAUCUGGCAACAAUGACGUGGAUCAAACAUCGCAAUCACUUGCAUCCGAGCUUCUCAAAGACCCUGAUUCGGAUCCUCUUCCCAUUACACAGCGUCUUCAACUUAGCUUUUCGCAUGUUAAACCGAAUCCGGAGUUGGUUCGUAAUACGCUCAAUCUCUCAUCGGAAGCUGGCCGGACAGUGUUAGGGUUUAACGAAUGGUUAGUAUCGAAUCCUGAUUUUCAUCACACUGAUGAAACUAUAUCGUAUUUUGUUGAUUACUUUGGUCGUAGAAAAGAUUUCAAUGCGGUUCAUGAAGUCCUUGCGAAAGGUUUAGGGAUCAAUGGGCCUAAAACCCUUGAGUCGUCUAUUCAUCGGUUCGCUCGUGCUGGGCGACCCACUAAGUUAAUCUCAUUUUUUGAGACGAUGGAGAAGAAUUACGGGCUUAAGAGGGAUAAAAAAUCGCUUAGGAUGGUAGUGGAGAAGCUUUCUGAAAAUGGGUUCGGGAGCCAUGCUGAAAAGAUGGUCAAAGACUUGGCUAAUGAAUUUUUCCCCGAUGAAGCAAUAUGCGAUACUCUGAUCAAAGGAUGGUGUGUGAAUGAGAAACUUGAUGAAGCGAAAAGGCUAGCGGGUGAGAUGUACAGGGGCGGGUUUGAGUUAGGGACAACGGCAUAUAAUGCUUUACUUGAUUGUGUUUGCAAACUUUGUAGGAAAAAGGAUCCGUUUCGACUUCAUUCUGAAGCUGAGGAAAUUCUGGUGGAAAUGGAUUGUCGUGGGGUUCCACGAAAUGUUGAAACUUUCAAUGUGCUGAUCAAUAAUUUGUGCAAGAUUAGGAGAACUACUGAUGCAGUCAAUUUGUUUCAUCGAAUGGGGGAAUGGGGAUGUCAUCCCAAUGCUGAAACGUUCCUCAUAUUGAUUAGAAGUUUGUAUCAAGCGGCGCGAACGGGAGAGGGGGAUGAAAUGAUUGACAGGAUGAAGUCUGUCGGGUAUGGAGAUGCACUUGAUAAGAAGGCUUAUUAUGAAUUUAUGAAAAUUUUGUGUGGGAUUGAGAGAAUUGAUCAUGCUCUGGUUGUAUUCGCAAAGAUGAAGAAGGAUGGGUGUGAACCUGGGAUUAAGACAUAUGAUCUAUUGAUGGGAAAACUUUGUGCCCAUAAUCGUUUGGACAAAGCGAAUUCACUCUUUAACGAAGCUCAAAAACGGGGAGUACCAGUUACUCCAAAAGCAUAUCAGGUGGAUCCAAAAUAUAUGAAGAAGCCAAAGGUAAAGAAGGUUGCAAAGAAGAGGGAGACAUUGCCGGAGAAAAUGGCGAGAAAGAGGCGACGUCUGAAGCAAAUUCGAUUGAGUUUUGUCAAGAAACCGAAAAAAGGGAUGCGUAGAGCAUUUUGAUAAUGUAGCCCUAUAAUUUAAUGCAUAUGAAUUGAUGUUUGUUUAUCCAUUCUUUUGCAUCUGCCCCUCCUUCCCUUUAUAAUAUUAGCAGCAGAGAAAUAAGAGGUUUUUGAUUU